GAUUUUGGCCUCCAAGGGCCGCCCUCCAGGGCCUCCCAAGGUUGCCCAAGGGGCGCCCAAGAGGGCCUCCGUAGCCAUUUUGGCUCAAGCCUUUUUUGGCCUUGUGUGAUUUUUCGAGCCCUGCUCCAGCGUCACGCGCCAUCCCUGCCGCUCGCACCCAUGGCAGGUCAUCUCGCAUUGCUCCUCCUGCUGGGAGUACCCUCGGCCGCGCCCGGCUUGGCCUGCCCGGGAGACAGCGACUCGGAGUGGAAGAUCCAGGCGAAUUUCUCCUGGGCGGGCAGCGCUGGCGCCUACGGCGGCUCCUCCACGCUGGAGGCGGACGCGGCCCCGCUGAAGGCCAUCGGCGAGCACGCCGCCCGCAUCCCCGAAGCCUCGGACGCGAAGGGCAACCAGCUCUUCAUGGUGGACGGCCAGGACGGCGACGUCGACUUCCAGUUCGGAAACCUGAAGCCGAUCGCCACUGUCGGCGAGGUGGACUACCAGACUGGCAUGCUGAUCGUCGGCGUGCCGGACGGGCUUGGGGCCAUACUCCACGACGACGACACCGUCCGCGUCAUCGUGCAGAGCGAGUCCUACGGCCCCAUCACGCAGCAGGAGGCCUUCCCGUACUUGGUCAACGACGGGGCGGCGGCGAUCACGGGCUCGCACGUCCAGUACGUGGACUACGACCGGGAGAUGAUGUCCGGGUUCAUGACCUCCGCCCUGCCCGCGUCGUCGAUGGUCAAGGGCGCGGGCGAGCUGAUCCAGUUCGCCUACAACCUCAGGGGCGAGCUCGUCGGGCCGCGCAACAGGACCGGCCCAACGACGGUCGGAGCGUUCGAGUCGAACGUGGACGUUGACGGGAAUUAUGCGUUGUAUGCGCCUCCGGCAGACGGCGGCGUGUCCCAGAGGGAGGCAGACUGGACGAUGAUGUCUCUCUGCUCCGCGCAACUCGUGGAGAAGGAGAUGUGGGGCGCUGGCAACGGCUUCGUGGACGACAUCUUCCUCACCAACGAGGAGUGGCAGCAGAUUGCGUCCGACACGAGCCUCGUUGGGCUCCCGGCUCACGCCAUCGACAUCGCAACGAAGACCGCGUACGCUUGGGCGCCGACGGUGAGCGGCUUCGAGAAGCCGUCCCAGUUCAACGCGGACAGCACCGAGUACGUCGCCAUAGCCAUUUCGGGCUACAACGGCGCGUUCGGCAGCGAGGAUUACAUGCUCGCCAACAAGAAAGCCAUGUAUGGAACCCGCCCGGACGGGACCGACUGGGUGUGGCCUGAGAAUAUCUGCCCGUCGCGCAUCUACAUCGGCCGCAAGGGGUACGACGCCCUCGGGAAUCCCGCCACCGAUUUCCUGUCCCGCAACGGCCUCGCGUAUGGCCAGAUGUACGGGUUUGCGGUGGACAGCGCGGAUUCGGAUUUCUCUUGGCGCGACGAGUGGCACAAGACGCACUACAACGGCGACAGCAUCGCGGGCAAGUUCUACCCCAUCGACUGGCGUUGGAACGGCACGGUGACCAACUUCGAGCACGACGGCGCCUGGCACUUCCAGAUCGCCCCCCUGGGCGGCGCGGCGGGCUACGUCUUCUGGAAUGGGGCCGGCAACGACCAGUCCGGAUCGAAGACAGAACACGUGUCGCCGGACCCAUUGGGAGAGACAGCGUACUACCAGACCUCCACGGCCGGCUACUUCGGCAAAUACGUGAUCAGCGGCCUGGCCGCCGCCUUAACCGCCGCCGCUGGCGCCCAGGACCCGUUCCCGACCGAGCUGGACGCCGUCUACCACCUGUACCAAGGCGAAACCCCCAUUAACGACCUCAUCGACCUCGGCGAAGCCGUCAAGGGCCAGACCGCGAACGGCGGGAACCAGACCACCAUGUGCGACAGCUCCGCUGACAGCGCCAACGAGUGCGGCAGCACCGACGCCCCUGGCAAGCUCACCUUCGAGGACAUCGAUGGCUUCGAGGCCAUCUCGUCGUCGGACGGCGUCUUCGCCGUGAUCCAGGAGGACGGCGGCAACAAGUACGGGGAGCGCAUGUUCGUCUACGAGGCCCUGCUCACAUACGGCGAGAGCCCCUCGUCCCAGCCGUUCAAGUUCGUGGCGCAGUCCGGAGGGGCGAUGAACUCCCGCAUGAUGGCGGGCGCUGGGGUGCCGGCGAACAGCAACCCUGCUGCGAACGCGCACGAGUUCUCUGGGGUGGCCGACCUGUCCGGCCUGCUGGCGAAGGGCGGCGACGGCGCCUUCGCGCUGUCGCAGUCCGCCGCGGGCCACGAGAGGAGGGCCGUCGAGGCGACCGUCGCCAUGGACGACAAGAUCAUCCUCAUCGGCCUGCAGGCCCACAACCACGAGAACGAGGGCGUCAUCGCCAACUUCAACGCCGACCGCGGCGGCCAGUGGCUGCUGUGGCAGCCCAACCUGGCCGGCGACGGCGCCAGGCCGACCGAGGCUUACCCCGCCGCCUGCCCCCAGUACCCGUGCAACCCCUUCUCCAACGAGACCUGCUACAUCAACCUCGCGUACCUCAACGCCCUGGAGGCGGCGUGCGGCCAGACCAUCACCACCCCGGGCGCCUGCGACGCCGCUGGCCCCACUCCCAGCCCGACGGCCGCCCCGACGGUCAGCCCGAACCCCAGCGAGGACCAGGACGCGGCCUCCAGCGCGCCCGUUCCCACGAACGCGGCGGCAGCGUGCGCGCUGGGACUGGCCGCGGCGCUCGCGUGAGCAGGUGGCGGCGUGGGGUCCUCCUGCGGUGCGACUGUGGAGGAGGUGGGGGGAUAUGGGAAGGCGGACGCGUUUCCGCGUUCCCUGGUCGUCUGGGUGGGCUGCGCCAGCGAGGAUGCCUUUGCAGAGAUUUUCUGCCUAUCAGGCGCGUGUGGCGACAGCCCAGAAUUCGCGAGCACGUCGCAGCUAGUUCCUGGAAAGGUCGGCCCUGCAUGAAUUCCCUCGGGCGUUCCCGAACAUGAAACGAACUUCACAGUCGCAGUGCCGCAUGGGCCAUGCCUCGCUGAGGUUCGAGACCCCCGUGUCGGGCAGGGGUCCGCUAAUUUUGUUUCCAGAUGUACAGUUCUGGGACGUUGCUCCGCAUAUUUUGGCAUGCUGUCGCACCCUUCCACCGCGACAGACGGCCCUAAUGUGUGUCGCCUCAGUUGGGAUAUCGUUUACCCUGCCAGGCAAGAGCGCGCAGUCGGACCCUUCACCGCAGCAGCUAACAUGAUUUCGUUUUUACUUGUAGGUGUAAGAUCGAGGUAGGAUGCAGUUCUGGGGGUGUAGACGGCCUCGGUGCGCCCUUGCCUCCAGUAUAUUUGCGUGCGCGCCAGCCGCGUGCGUGAUGAGUGGCCCAGCAGAGCCUGCUCAUCCCGCGCGAUCGUCGUGGGUGUACAUCACAUUGUUGCUACGCGCGUCGGUGGUAUACAAAACAAGAAGAGGCGCCCAAGAAGGCCAUCCGAAACCAUGUUGGACAUGCAUGUCCCGAGCAGGUGGAGGAGGAGAGCAGAUGGGGUG